AAGGCUAGAACGUACUGCCCUGAAUCCGAACCACCGGCGGGAAUCGGUCCCCGGAGCAACGGUAUCGGGCGAUCGAACGCAACGGUGGUCGCUGACGCUGAGUAUUCUUCCAUUUCUCUCUCUCGACUAGGCCCAAUCCGAUGGGCCUAAAUUUCAUUAUAUAUUGGGUAACUUCAGUAUUUCUGUUCGACACGUGGCGCCCCAGAGAACCGUAGAUUAUCCUUGCUGGGAAUUAGUGAGAGCAAUCCAGAUAGUGUGAGAGCCGCUUCGAGACCGUCUCUUCUUCAUCCUCUCUCCUCGAUUACUACUACUACGGGAUUUGUCUCCGUCUCUGUCCUUAAGAUUCUUUGCUUUGUGUAGCAAUGAGUAAGAAGAAUAACCCUAAUGUAUUCUUGGAUGUAUCACUCGGCGGGGAUCCUGUUGAACGGAUUGUCAUCGAGCUUUUUGCUGAUGUUGUCCCCAAGACAGCGGAAAACUUUCGUGCUCUCUGCACAGGUGAGGCGGGCAUUGGAAAGACCACUGGGAAGCCUCUACAGUUCAAAGGAUCAUCUUUCCAUCGAGUAAUCAAAGGAUUCAUGGCUCAAGGUGGUGAUUUUUCUAAUGGAAAUGGCACUGGCGGCGAGAGCAUCUAUGGUGGGAAGUUUUCAGAUGAGAAUUUUAAACUGGACCAUGAUGGAGCUGGAGUCCUUUCAAUGGCAAAUUGUGGCCCAAACACCAACGGGUCGCAGUUUUUUAUACUUUUUAAACGCCAGCCACAUCUUGAUGGGAAGCAUGUUGUAUUUGGGAAAGUCGUGAAGGGAAUGGAAUUUAUCAAGAAAAUAGAACUUGUAGGAACGAGUGAUGGGAAACCAACCACCCACGUAAAAAUAAUAGACUGUGGCGAAAUGUCUCAGAUAAAGUCCCAGGAUGCCGCUGAAAAAGAGAGAGGGAAAUCUAAAAAAUCUAACAAGGGCCUUUCUUCUGGUGACAUAUCUGAUCGUGAAGCUAGGGGAACACGCAGGAAAGACUCUAAGGACAAGAGGAUUAGGCGAAAAAGAAGAUACUCUUCGUCAGAUUCAUAUAGCUCAAGUUCUGAGUCAGAUUCAGAUUCUGAUUCAGAAACAAAUUCAUCCUCUUAUGAGUCUAGUUCUUCUAGUGACGGGAAGCGUAGGAAGAAGAGGUCAACAAAGAGACACAAAGGCCGACGCGGGGAAAGAAAGAUUAAAAGACGAAAUGGGAAAAAGAAAGCUCGAGGUGAUAGACAACCUCAGCGCAGGGAUAGUUCAAGUGACUCCGAGAGUAGCAAUUCUGAUGACGAAAGAGUGGGCCACGAUAAGGCCAGAAAGUCAAAGAAAGCUAGAGAUGGUGGAAAACUUUCGACGAUUGUGCCUGUAGGGAAUACUGUUGAUUCUAGUCCCGCAGAGAAGCUCUCUCUGGGAGAGAAACCAGAUUCAUUUCUGAAUGACGAUGAACUUGUAGGUAAUGGAAAGGCCACCAGAGUUGAUAACGCUAAUCAACGUGCUGACUCAUUGAGAUCAAGGAGUACGAGCCCAGCUCCUAGGAGAAAUCAAAUCAGUAGAAGCAAAAGUCCUAGUAGGAGCCCCGUGAGAGAUCUUGGAAAUGGAAGCACAAGCCCUCGCGAGAAGUCUGUAGAGAAAGCUUUGGGGAAAUCAUCAAAAAGCCCAUCCCCAAGUGGUGCGCCCAAGCGCAUCCGAAAGGGGCGUGGCUUCACAGAACGCUAUUCCUUUGCUCGAAAGUACCGUACGCCUUCUCCUGAGCGUUCCCCUCCUCGGCACUGGCCUGACAGAAGACGCUUUCAGGACAGGAACACGGACAGGUAUCCGAGCAAUAGGAGUUACUCUGAACGCUCGCCGAGAGGACGCAUUAGAAGCCCACCCAGGAGGAGGAGCCCUCCAAGGUACAACCGGAGGAGAAGAAGCACUUCUCGGAGUCCAGAUGGGUACCGCAGACGUUUCAGAGACAGAAGCAGGAGCCAAAGUCCAAGGCAUCGUAGCCCUAGCCCUAGAAAGAGGCAGCCAAUUAGCCAAGACCUUAAAUCCCGUCUCGGGCCACAAAGAUCUCCCAUCAGAGGAGGACCCACCUCGCCUGCAGAAUCACUCAACGCUUCUCCCUCAACCUCUCCAUCUGGACAGAGAGGUCUGGUGAGCUAUGCAGAUUGAUCACUCAUCCAUCGAUUUGCAUGCUGCUGGUGAUGGUGACUUGCGAGUUUUUUUAUUUUGUUUUCUUGUUGUUGUAAUUUGCGUGUUUUAGUGAAAGCAAUCGGUAAUGAUAUUUUUUUGUUGGUCGGAUAUAGACAUAGUACUCCCUCUUACCCUGGUUUGCUUUACAGAUAGAUUUUGUGAAACAUUUUUUUUUUUU